ACGAGUUUGUGCUGGAGUACUGUGUAGUGUUCUCCAUUGGUUCUGCAACAGUGCUUCCCCAACGCCAUAUUUACCCCUAAAAAAAAUCCCCAAAUCAGUGUUAAAGGAUCGAAAAAAAUCCAAAAACGUAAAUAAAUAAAAUGUUUUUUCUUACCGAUGACUGAUAAAAUGUGCUGAUGAAAGACAUUCGUCGGUCAAAAAGUGGGGUAUAUCUAAUGAUAAGUGAAAUAAUCAGUGAAUGAUAAUUACAACUGGAUGAAAUGCACCGGUAUCAUCGAUGAACAAUUACCUAUUACAUAGUGAAUAGUUGUUGGCACCUGCCACAGUGGUCUCGGGGCGCCACACUCACAUGUUGCAUGCGUGCCGGUUAUCCAUCAUGGUCGCGUACACAGCUGUAUUCUGAUUGGUGCGCCGCAGAUCACGUGGUAUGGUAAUUGGUAUCCAGUGGGCGGGAACCGGCUGGUGUUCAUGUGGUGGUUUAAGCUACAUGUAGAAAAUAUUUCUUGCCUCUCGUUGCAUGAAAGAUCCAGCGUAACUCCUCUCGGUGGGUUAUUGGUGACGGUUGUGAGAACUGUGAUUGCUGUUAUUCAUAACUGCAUUAUAAUUAGUUUAUAAUUAUGGCACGUGGGAGUUUCGAAGGAUUAUGAGAUGCAAUUAGUGAUGUGUACAAGUGUUUAAUUCCGGCUCUGAACAUUAGAACCUCGUGACUGUUAAAAAAAAAUUGAAGAUCAUCAAAGAUGAGUUCGUUCCUGAUGAAUCCAACCGCCGGUGGGUACCAUCAGCAGCAUCAACAGCCCAGUCAUCACCUGACAGCAUCGCCGGUCGUAGUUGAUCCGAAAUUUCCUCCAACUGAGGAGUACAGUCAGAGCAACUAUAUCUCCUCCACCAGCGAUUUUUUCACCAGUGGACACCACCUGACUCAUCCCCAAUCCCAUCAGCUGCAGUACGGUUAUCAUCAGCAUCAUCAUCAAGCCGCAUCAACCCCUUACGGUGCAGCAUCAGCAGUCCCCCUGAAUGGUGGCUAUGCAAGUUACGGUAGUUACUACAGUCCUCAUCCUCACCAUCAGAUCCAUCCAGUCCACCAUCCCAGUCUCCAUCAUCAUCAUGCCGUGGGUGCAUUGGCAAUGCCACCCGAGGCACAACAGCCACCCCUGACGUGCCCUCCGUCGAUUCAUAAUCAACAGUCCCAGCAACAGCCACAACAACCACCACCAACAACUGUUCUAGGAUCAACUGCAUUAUCCCCAAAUCUAUUAACUAGUCAUGCACCACCACCCGACGCUCUUCAGCAUCCUGGCCAUUCACAACCACCCCCACAAACUCAGGGACAAUCGACACCCCAGAUCGAGAGCAAUGUUUGCAGUCCGACGGGGACGAGUUCCCUCCACAGAGACAAUUCACCUGAUCUCAAUCAAUCUAAUCAACACUCUGGUCACAUGCAGAACUCCCAAUCGUCAACGGGACAACAUCAUGACGAUGGAUCUGAUCAGGAUGACAUGGAUGAUGACGUCAUGGAUGGCUCACCCAAUAUGAUGGAUGAUGAGGAAGAGGAGAAUGAAAAUGGCGAACGCGUUGUUUAUCCCUGGAUGAAGAAGAAUCAUAUUGCUGGUGUUGCAAAUCCUUCUUACCAACCUGGUGUAGAGUCAAAACGCCAACGAACAGCAUACACACGACAACAAAUACUCGAGCUUGAGAAGGAGUUUUAUACAAAUCGAUACUUGACGAGACGACGGCGAAUCGAGAUUGCCCACAUGCUGACCCUGUCGGAGCGUCAGAUCAAGAUUUGGUUUCAGAACAGACGGAUGAAAUGGAAGAAGGACAACAAGAUGCCAAACACAAAGAACGUCAGGCGAAAAAAUGCCAAUGGCCAGCCACAGACUAAACCGAGCAAGGGCUCCAAUCGUACCAAGUCAGGUGGUGGUAACAAUAACAGUCAGAAGAAAAAUAACAACAAUUCACCGUGUGAAUUUAAGCUGGAGAAUACGAGUCUCGAUGGUAGUCUAGAUAUGAGUGAUUUUCAUGGUGUUAAUACUGGCCUUCCGCAUCCUCAUGGAUCUCAUACGAAUUUCCAAGGCCAUCCGCAUUCAUUGACACACCUUCAGGCCCAGCUGAGUCAUCUCCAGGCUAAUGGAAUGAUGGACAGCACUGGUGGAUCAUUGGGACACAUGAACUCGGGUAGUAUCAGCCCUCUGGCACCCGCAACAAGUCCACCAGGAAUUUCCGCUGCUGUACCAACAACUGCCAUCAAAUCUGACUAUGAUUUGACAGCACUGUAACGUCAGCAGACGUCGCCAUUGCCUGGAAAGCUCAGCGACCUGACUAAUUUUGUGGAUGUCAACGAUGUGGCACCGUCUUAUCAGUGGCUCUGAGACAGCAAUUAUCGGGAUAAAAUUAAAACCAGUGAAUUUUAUAGUUAUUAGUGCACCAAUCAAUGCUCAUUCUGAGGUUAGAGGUGAGGGUGAUGUCUAUUCUCGAGUUGAUGAAUUUCUGGGGUAAUGCAUUUGAAAAAUGUGCCAUUCUGAGACAUUGACUAAUACUUCUAUUCGAAACUGUGUCAAUCUUAGACAUAGCCAGGCCAGUGUCAGAUGAUAAUACAACAGUACCCGUAUUUAGAGAUUCUGAAAAAUGUAGUUUCUAGGUUUUAAUUUCCAUGAACAUUGUACAUACGUACUCGGUUAAGUUGUAAAUAGACAGAUGUACGAGUGACAUGAGUGGCAUGUUAAUGUUUACAGUGAGAAGGCAUAGGGUAUUAUGUGUGAUUUAAAGUUUGAAAAAUUGGAUCAUCGAAAAAUUUCAAUCAUCGAUAGGAGUCGUCGAACUUCGGUAAAUUAAUUUCAUUCAGUCGUCUCCAUUUUGAUUCACAUUUUCGAGAAAACGUUUUGUGUAUUGGCCACCCACGUUUGAAAAAAUGUCCGCGUUAUCGAACGUGAAAUAAUCUCAACAGUUGAAUGACUACGAAAAAAUAUUGGAAAAAAUUUAGAAAAAAUUUACUGACUUGUCAUGUUGUAUCAUUUCAACGUUGAUUAAACUCACGUGUAAAUAUCUACAAAACGAAACCAGUUGUAAAUAUCAUUGUCUCAAAUAGUCAUCUAUUUUUAUCAGAAUAAAGGAACAUGAAUAACGACCAAUAGUGUAUCAACCGUAAAUGAAAAUAAAACUUUGAUCGAGUAGAUGUCAAAUGAUCCCUAAAUGCACAUUCGCUGUGACGAAAUACCAAAACAAUACCAUAGGUGUAAAACAAAUUAGCGUCUAAGCUGAACCAUUAUACAUAUAGAGUAUAAACGUUGAAUUCCUGAUAAUGAUUCAGUAUAAUUAGCGUCGAUUAGUGGUAGCACGAGUCGAUGAUUCUAGGGGAAUUUUGUGGUCGUUAUGCGUGCGAAAAUAUGAAUACAUUUACCUUAAUUCUGUAUAUAGAGAGUUGUAUUAUAAGUAUAUAAUGAUGAAUCCAAGAUGACACGCGAUAGUGCUUAUGUUCAUAUGGAGAUAUUAAGAAAUUUAAAGAUUAAAGAACAGAAAUUGAGGAAAUACAAUCUUAAUGUGAAUAAAUAACUAAAUAAAUGUUUCGUAAAUUUAACGAGACUUUUUCCUU